CUUGCCACGGGCAGAAACGCUUUCACCACGCCUCCCCUCACGAGAAAGAGGAAGGCGGCCGCGGCGACGCUUGUAGAUAACGAACCCAAAACAGCCGCCACCAAGGCUUCCGUCGCCCUUUCGCCUGCCGCCACCGCAACCUCCUCUUCGGGCCAAUCCUCCCGCAAAAAGCAGAAGCCCGCGGUCCAGGACCCUGACUCGGAUUAUACCAUAGCGACUCCUGGUAGCUUUUCGGUUCCCGUGCGAUCGAAGGAGGAGGAGGAGGAUAUCGAUACUCCGGCGUCUACCAGCAUGGAGUCGGAUGAGGACUUCAUGAGUGUCGGGUCGAGCCCGGAUGAUUUCCUGGAUACCCAAGGAAGUGAUGUCGAGAGUCUUGGGGAAGACUUCGGUGACGAUUUCGACGGCGGAUUCUCUAAAGAUAAGGAUAUCAUCGCGACGAAACGAAAGCCUUAUGAGGUUGAGUUUACUGUUCUGAGCCCGGAGGAUAUCGAUCGAGAACAGAACUUGCAGAUUAACGAGGUCUCCUCGAUCCUUGGAUUGCCCCCAGAGUCGUCGGCUAUUCUGCUGCGAUAUGGACGAUGGAAUCGGGAGAAGUUGAUCGAGUCAUACAUGGACCAUCCCGAGAAGACGCUGGAGGAGGCAGGCCUCGGCACCAACUUUGAUGGAACGCCAAAGACUGAAGUGAUACCAGGGUUCGUGUGCGACAUCUGCUGCGAGGACGGGGACGACCUUGAGACAUAUGCCAUGCGUUGCGGGCACCGCUUCUGUGUGGAUUGCUAUCGUCAUUAUCUGAGACAGAAGAUCCGGGAGGAGGGUGAAGCAGCGAGGAUAGAAUGCCCGAGUGAUAGCUGCAAUAUGAUUGUGGACUCGAAGUCAUUAGGUCUUCUGGUGACAAACGAUCUUAAGGAGAGAUACCACGCGCUUCUUACACGAACAUACGUCGAUGAUAAAGACAACCUCAAAUGGUGCCCGGCGCCCAACUGUGAAUACGCGGUUGACUGCCCUAUAAAGCAGCGUGAUCUUCGUCGUGUCGUACCCACUGUACAGUGCGACUGUAGGCACUAUUUCUGCUUUGGAUGCACACUAAAUGACCACCAGCCAGCACCCUGCACGCUGGUGAAAAUGUGGCUCAAGAAGUGCGAAGAUGAUUCCGAGACGGCGAACUGGAUCUCUGCCAACACCAAGGAGUGUCCCCGAUGCCACUCAACGAUCGAAAAGAAUGGUGGAUGCAACCACAUGACGUGUCGCAAGUGCAAGCACGAAUUCUGCUGGAUGUGUAUGGGACUGUGGUCUGAACACGGCACUAGCUGGUAUAACUGCAACCGCUACGAGGAGAAAUCUGGAUCAGAUGCCCGAAGUGCGCAGGCGCGAUCCCGGGCGUCGCUGGAGCGAUAUCUCCACUACUAUAACCGCUAUGCCAACCAUGAACAGUCCGCCAAGCUGGACAAAGAUUUGUAUCUUAAGACGGAGAAGAAGAUGACGAGCCUGCAGUCGCAGUCUGGACUCUCAUGGAUCGAGGUGCAGUUCCUCGAUACCGCAUCGCAGGCACUACAGCAAUGUCGCCAGACGCUGAAGUGGACAUAUGCCUUCGCCUACUACCUCGCCCGCAACAAUCUGACGGAGAUCUUCGAGGAUAACCAGAAGGAUCUGGAAAUGGCGGUGGAGAGCCUGAGUGAGAUGUUCGAAAAGCCCGUACCGGAGCUGGCGAACUUGAAGGUCGACAUCUUGGACAAGACGGCGUACUGCAACAAGCGCCGGGUGAUCCUCCUCAGCGAUACUGCAGAGAACUUGAAAAACGGGGAAUGGUCCUUCAACGUGGAAUGGUAG